UCUUUUAGUUCGUAGAGGCCGGCUUGCCGCUCUCCUUCUCCGGGCGGCGAGUGAGUGAAGGCGGUUCCGGGCGCGGAAUGGACCGUAGUAGUCGGAUCCUACUAUGGCAAAGAAACUUUCUAUAAGUUUUCUUCACUUACUUUUCACAAUCUUGUUUUGUGAUGCUUCCUACCCUAGCUUGGAACCAGCCACAAUUUCACAAACUACAGAGAAACUCACUCCUGAAAAGGCAGCUGGUAUUAAUAUUAGUUUGGCUUUAUGUAGACAGAGACAUCACCUUCAGGAUCUCUUCUCUCGUUAUGGGGAGAACAAUACAUUGAAUAUUGAAGGCUUUAAAAAAUUGCUCCACAGCAUAGGCAUUGAGAAAGUUAAAAGAAUAGAUCACAAUCAUUACCACCAUCAUCAUAAUCAUGCUACACUCAGGACAAACCCUGACAAAACCUAUUGUCCUCAUGAUGAAUCGGGUGAUGCCAGCAAAGAUUUUUGGAAUAACCCAACAAAAGAUGUGCCUAGAACAGAGAAUAUGGAGGACAGCCAGCAAGAAUCCAUGGAUAACAAGAGUACAACCAUUGCUCUAACAACAGCUACCUACACCACAACGACAGAGGGCAACCCUUUGCUACAACACUCAGAAACUGCAGAAUUGUCAGCACGCAUAGGCUUUGGCAACCCCAAUCCCAGCACUGUUCUAGGAAGUAGCAGCGAUUGCUUUAAUACAUCAGAAAUGAUGCUUUUCCAUGGAAUAAGUACUCAAGCGUCUUUGACAGCCACAGAAUUUAGCUAUCUUUGUCCAGCUAUAAUUAACCAGAUUGAUGGUAGAAACUGUAUAAUUCAUGCAACAAGUGAAAAGACUGAAACAGCUCCAAAAACAUAUUCACUGCAAGUUGCUUGGAUUGGUGGCUUUAUAUCCAUUUCCGUUAUCAGUUUUCUUUCAUUACUGGGUGUUAUACUGGUGCCGCUUAUGAAUCGUGUAUUUUUCAAGUUCCUCUUAAGUUUCCUGGUGGCAUUAGCAGUUGGAACUCUAAGCGGGGAUGCUCUUUUGCAUCUCCUUCCACAUUCUCAUGGAAAGCACCAUCAUCAUCAUGAAAAACCUUUGAUGGCACACAGUAACGAUCUCCCUUUAAAGCAUCUAGUUUUCCAAAGUUCAGAAGAAAAUGCUUAUUUGGAUUCUACAUGGAAAGGCCUCACAGCUCUUGGAGGAUUAUAUUUUAUGUUUCUUGUUGAGCACUUGAUCACAUUAAUUAAACAGUUUAAGGAUAAGAAAAAAAAGAAAAAAAAUGAUGAUGAUGAAUCAGAAAUCAAGAAACAGCUGUCUAAAUAUGAUUCUCAACUUUCAGCAAAUGAUGACAAAAUAGAUGCAGAAGAUAGGCCUGAAAAUUAUUUGGGGUCACUUUCUCAAGAACCACCAAAUUUCCUAUCUCAGAAACCCAUGGUACAAGAAGAAGAAGAAGAGGUCAUGAUCGCACCCACCCACCAAGAGACAGCUGAUCAUGAAUAUGCAUCCAGAGGAUGUAGAAACAAAUGCCAUUCACACUUGCAUGACACUCUAGGUCAAUCAGAUCAUCUCAGUCAUCAUCACCAUGACUACCAUCAUAUCUUGCAUCACCAUCACCAUCAAAAUCAUCACCCACAUAGCCACAGCCAGCGGUAUUCAAGCGAGGAAUUGAAAGAUGCUGGUAUAGCUACCUUAGCUUGGAUGGUAAUAAUGGGAGAUGGCCUGCAUAACUUCAGUGAUGGUCUGGCGAUUGGGGCUGCUUUCACUGAAGGUUUAUCCAGUGGCUUAAGUACAUCUGUUGCAGUCUUUUGUCAUGAGUUGCCACACGAAUUGGGAGACUUUGCUGUACUACUCAAAGCUGGUAUGACUGUCAAACAAGCUGUUCUUUAUAACGCUCUCUCAGCUAUGCUGGCAUAUCUUGGAAUGGCUACUGGGAUACUUAUUGGCCAUUAUGCUGACAAUGUUUCCAUGUGGAUUUUUGCCCUUACUGCUGGGCUGUUCAUGUAUGUCGCUCUUGUUGAUAUGGUACCUGAAAUGCUUCACAAUGAUGCUAGCGAUCAUGGAUGCAGCCGCUGGGGAUAUUUCCUGUUACAAAAUGCAGGAAUUCUAUUAGGUUUUGGUAUCAUGUUACUUAUCUCGGUGUUUGAACAUAAAAUUGUGUUCAGCAUAAAUUUAUAGGAUUCAUAUUUAUAGGAUUUAUAGGACUCAGAGCUGCACUUGAGGAGGUGGAAGAAGUUUUGCCAGUUUCUUGUUCCUCCUGAUCCUCCAGGGAGGAUGAGAGAUGUAAAGGUACGGGAUGAUGAACGAAAACUGUGAAAUCACCCCACCCCACCCUUCUUUAUUCAAGGGUAAACCACUGAAGGAUUACAGUUGCUUCCAUGAACUGAAGUUUCUUUGUUUAUUGAAGUGGUACACUGCUUCAGCUGCAUGUUCUGUUUACUUUUCAUACUAUUGAUAUUGUCGUAUAGUUUAAUUGUAGGCACUUUCCCUCCCAUUAAUUAGUCAUAGAGAUUUUAAUAAUAUAGUCUUUCAUAAACUGCAGGGGAUUACCAGUGGCAGAGAGAAAAUUGGCUUAUUAAAUAUUACCUUUUUCCAAGCAUAGUGAAAAAUGAAACUAUAAAUGGUUUGUAACUUGAACUUUCUUUAAACAAAAAUAAUAUUGCUAAUCUGAUUAGAGCAUGCAUUGCUAGAGUUUGUCUUGUAUGUUAAAGUGGUACAAACACAUUGACUAUUGUUGCUUUUAAGAUGUAGAAAAAUCUAAAAUUAUCACCUUUUUUUCUUGGUAGUGAUGGUGGAGAACAUUUAUGUUACUGCAAAUAUGUAUUCCAAUGAAGAGAUCUAAUAUUUUAUUUGCAAUUAAAAUUACAUGAUCCUUGGUCUGACUAAAUGUCCAAAGUAUGUCUUUAUAUUUAUCAAGAUGCCCCCACUCGCCUGUAGCUGUUACUGCAUACCUAUGUACUCUGCAAAGGGGUUGAUGGAUAAGUGGAGGUUUUAGAGGGCUGGAAACACUUCCUGAAUCCCAACUGUGUGUUUGCGGAAUUGAGUGCCCUGCAUGCUGAUUGAUUCUGAUUUCCUACUGGGAGAUGGGAGAAGGCAAGGCACAUCCAAGUGGGAAAAGUUAAAAUUAGCUGGCGUGUAAAAAGUUGUUCAGGGAUGCAACCAUCCCUGAACAACAGCGGCAUAAGUUUCAUUCAGUGCAAUGCCAUGGAAGUCUAUUCCAGCCUUCAUGAAUGAAUUAAGUAGAUGAAAAUCUGGAAUAGGAUAUAUAAUGGAGGAUUUCUGCUAUGAGUUGUGUAUUUGUAUGGUUAUAAUAAUCGAGGUACUGUCUAAAUUUCUGGGUACAUGUGAAUCUUCAGCAGCCAUUUGAUAGAUGAUGCAUAUUUGAAUCAGAACAACUUUUUCACACCAUACAGUAUAUGCUCAAAAUAGAAGAAGUGACAGAACAUUCUUUGCUUUCUAAGGAUCUGCAUUCUUUAAAAAACUGCUAUUAUGAAAAAGUUGGAUAACAUAUGUAACAGAAAACUGCCAGAGCACUAAACUGGCUGAUAAAAGACAUUUGUUAACUCAGCUUCGUGUACAAUUUGAUCGGUCUUUUAAGGACAAAAUGCACAGAUGCAGAUGAACAUGUUACUUUGAUACACAGAAGAAAGUACAGAUAUCUCCUAUGGCAAGUGGAGGUAAAGGAGUUGUAAAGAAUUUUAGGAGUAAUACUCUGAUUGCUUUCUCUACUUUGUUAUUGUCACAAUAACUAUAUGAGCUGUGGCGGCGCAGUGGUUAGAAUGCAGGCUACUUCUACUGACUGCCAGCUGCCAGCAGUUCGAUUCUCACUGGCUCAAGGUUGACUCAUCCUUCCAAAGUCAUUAAAAUGAGGACCAAAUUGUUGGGGGCAAUAUGCUGACUCUGCAAACCGCUUAGAGAGGGCUGUAAAGCACUGUGAAACGGUAUAUAAGUCUAAGUGCUAUUGCUAUAAGCAGAAAGAGAACUAGCCAGAGUCACUUUUUCUUCAACAUUGCUAACCAUUAUAUCACACGUACCAUGUUUUAAGGAUGUCCCUCAAUAACCAUGAUCGUUCAGAAUUGAAUCCUGUGAAUGUCUUAUGUCAAACUUGAAAGUAACAUCUUUUCUUUUUCAGAAUAUUUUAAUAUUGUAUAUGU